GAAGUCCCCAACCAACAACCUUACGUUCCCAAAGUGCCAAAGCCAACCGAGGGUGCAUACACCAGGAUACACCAGCCUCAGUUUCCUACACUAGACAGCAAGGCCAUACAGGACAUGAUUGAUCAGGGUCUCUACAGCAACAAUGUGAAAAAGCUGGGAUGUGUCAGACCCCAACAGAUGAGAAUCGUUCCUAUGGGUCUGCCUCUGGGUUCAUGGAGUAUACAGAGGACACUGGAAAAUAAUACUCGACGACUGGAAGUUCUCAAGAGCUGUGUGAACUUUAUCUUUGACAACAAAAUAUCAGAUGCACGAAUUAUUUUCCCUGCUGUGCUGAGAGCAUUGAAGUCCAGCACAGCCAGGCUGGCACUGACACACGAACUUGGGGAACAUGUCCGCAGCAACCAGGCAAUGUUGGAUCCUCAACAGUUUGACUUUGUGGUCAAACUUCUCAACUGUGCCCUCAUGAAUGAUUCUAGCUUAGAUGAGUAUGGUGUGGCUGCAGCUAUACUACCACUGGCUACAGCCUUUUGUCGAAAACUGUGUACAGGGGUCAUUCAGUUUGCCUACACACUGAUUCAAGAACAUGCUGUCUGGGGCAGCUUACAGUUCUGGGAGCAGACAUUCUAUCAUGAUGUGCAGUUACAGAUACGGCAGCUCUACCUGCCAAUGUACGAGGAGCAUAUGGUGCUGAUGUCCAAGUCCACUGACAGCAGUGAAGACUCUUCCAAAGACAGCUUGGAAGACAGCAGAUCUUCAACACUCAAACCUAAACAGAUUGGGCCUUUGGAGAUAACUGCUGAACAGUUGAGAAUCUGGCCAACCAUGACCAGCGAGCAGCAGCAGGAGAUGAUUAACAAUGAAGAAUCGACUGUGUACAGCCAGGCCAUACAUUACGCCUACCGCAUGGUGUACAUGAGAGUCAGUCUAGAUGUUUCCAGAUCUAUGAAAAACAUGGCGCUAGAUGAGAACAGCAGUACAGUCACGCCCAGUGUGGCAGAAAGUGACAGUCUGGAUGCAGAGAGUGGCUUCGAUGAAACCGAGCAGACAGAUGUUGCUGCUGUAGUGACUAAGUUUGUGUCUCGUUUUGUGGACAAAGUGUGCAAUGAUAGCAGCGUCACACAGGAGCAUGUCAAAACUUUACAUCAGAUGAUACCUGGUGUUGUUGCUAUGCAUAUCGAAACCUUGGAGGCUGUGAAUAGAGAAAGCAAGCGUUUACCACCAGUACAGAAGCCCAAGAUUAUCCAGCCUGUGCUGCUGCCAGGAGAGGAGAUUGUUAUGGAGGGUCUCCGAGUCUAUCUGUUGCCAGAUGGACGUGAAGAGGGGACAGGGGGUAACUUGGGAGGCCCCAGCUUUUUGCCAGCUGAGGGGGCAGUGUUUCUGACAACUUACAGAAUUAUCUUCAAAGGCACGCCGUGUGAUCCUUUCGCUUGUGAGCAGAAUGUGAUCAGAAAUUUCCCAGUGUCAUCUCUGAUCAAGGAAAAGAAGAUCAGUGUGCAGCACUAUCUGCCUCACCUGGACCAAGGCUUGCAGGAGGGUCUACAGCUGCGAUCCACAGUGUUCCAGCUGAUCAAGAUUGCCUUUGAUGAGGAGGUCGGCUCUGACAACAUCGAAACAUUCCGCAAGCUUGUCAGCAAAGUCAGAAACCCUCCUACAGUAUUUACCACAUUUGCCUUCACCGGCCACACCAUACAUGCCUCAACUCAAAUGCAGAAAGGAAAGGAGAAGAAUGCUUCUUUAAGGCAAUUUGCCAAACGCACACUGCUGAAGACAGCAAGGAAGGCGGGUCUUAAGAAACAGACGAGGAGCAAACCAAAAAACUCCGUCACCAGUCCUCCAGCCAGCCGAAAAAGUGGAGGCAACCACUCUCCACGUUCGUCUGACAGUGAGUCAGAGUGCCCCAGCAGUCUUCAUUAUGAUGAUCUUUCAGUCAUAGAUGAAAAUGAGCUGAUCCCAUCCUACUCAAGUGAUCCCAGGAAUAUUGAGCGUCUGAUGGAGCGGCACGCUUACCAAGAUUACCAGAGACUAGGACUAGGCAGCGUGGCAAUGGCCGGUCAGCGUGGUGGACGCUCGGAACCUUUCAGAGUGUCCACUGUUAAUUCAAAUUAUAUACUGAGCAGAAGCUAUCCAGCACUUUUGGUGGUGCCUCAGUCAGUGUCAGAUGAAAGUAUACGAAAAUUUUCCAGGUGCAAUAGACAGAACAGAUUUCCGGUAAUAACGUGGCGACACCCAAAAACACGAGCUCUUCUACUCAGGGCUAGUGGUUUCCAUUCAAGGAGCCUGAUGGGAAUGUUGCGGCCACACAACACUGCAACAAGCACUUCAAGUGGUGGCGAAGCAUCGUCAACCUUAGAGCAGGAGAAAUACUUCUCACUUCUGGUGGCAGCCACACCAAGUAGCUAUCGUAACAAUGCCCUGGUGCACUCAAACAGCGACUCUCUCACGUCCCUGGAUUCUCUGAUGAUGGUGGGGAUGGGCGGAGAUCCUCUCAACAUUCCCUCAACCCCUGAACCCGCACGACGGAUGGCUCGAGGGGAUACACUGGACAAAAGAGUCAGUGCACCUCCUUCUUCAACAGCGGCAAAUACCAGGAACAAAAACGCAUCUGUAAAUAGAAUGGGAAGCAUGCGGGAGAGGUCACCAAAUCAGAGGCUUCAGACAUCACGUGAUGCACAACAUGGGGAUAUAGUCAAUAACAGCAUCAAACAUCUCCAGCAUGUGGCUCUGUAUGUGCUUGGGGAGAAGGCUCAGAUGAAAGGUAUCAAGGUGGAGUCGUUCCCCAAGUGUGACUUCAUCCCAGUUGACUUCUAUGAGGUGCGCCAGGUGAAGGCCAGCUUUAAGAAGUUAAUGAGGGCAUGUGUGCCUAGUAGUCCUCUCACUGGGCCUGAUCACAGCUAUCAUAAAGCAGUGGAGGACUCUGAGUGGCUUCUGCAGCUGAAAAGUAUCCUUCAGCUGGCUGGUGCAGUGGUAGACUUGCUGGAUGUGCAGGGCUCUUCUGUGAUGAUCUGCCUGGAGGAUGGCUGGGAUAUCACAACACAGGUGAUCUCUGUAGCUCAAGUCAUGAUGGACCCGUACUACCGCACUGUGGAGGGCUUCAUAACUCUCAUCGAGAAGGAGUGGCUGGGCUUUGGUCAUCGCUUCAGUCAUCGCAACAACCAGACAGCCUCGACACAAACCAGUGGUUUUGCUCCAAUCUUCUUGCAGUUUCUGGAUGUAGUACAUCAGAUACACUGUCAGUUUCCUUUGUCCUUUGAGUUCAGCCGGUACUUCCUGCGUUAUCUGGCCUACCAUUGUGUCAGCAACAGAUUCCGCACGUUCAUGCUGGACAGUGAGCUCGAGCGUGUGGACUCUGGCUGGCUGCUGGAGGAGCAGCACAGUAUCCUCAGUCCGGACAAGAGUGAAGAGAGUCUAGAACAUCAUGCCAAACAUCAUGUUCUUUACCCACACUUACCUAGUCUUUUAGAGCAUGGCCGGCAGAUUUCUUCAGAGAGCAGACAGUCAUGUGGAGCAUCCCUGUGGGAACACAUUGACAAACUGAGUAGACAGUCUCCUGUCUUCUUUAACUUUGCCUACGCUAUGGAGGACCAAGAUCCGAUUCUGAGGCCCUUCAGCAAUGUGUCCAACCUCAAAAUAUGGGACUUUUAUACCACCGAGGACUUGUGUCGAGGAGUGUUGUAUGACCUGGACCUGGAAGACAGAGAUGCACCGGGAGAGGAGCUUGAGGUGGAAACCAUGGGUGUCAGCAGGAGGCAAACACUGAAUGCUUGUUACCACAACAUCUUACUACAACACCCUGAUUUCUUCUGGUCAAAGAUACAGGAGAUCCAUCGACUACAAGCUGAACUAGGCAUCAAGCAGUCACCAUGGAGAGCAAUAUUUGACAGAUUGGAAUGUCCUGGAAGAAACCAGUUCCAUCGCCAGGUAUCCCUCAAUACACAGUUAGUACGUUCACACAGCCGCUCCAUCCAUAAGAGAUCAACCCUGGAGAUUCUGGUUCGGGGUAAAAUGCUUGGUGAUGCUGCACGAAUGUUCUCACAACCACAUAGAUUUGAAAAGCACACAUACACCACAUCGACAUUCUGUGAUUAUUGCUCUCAGAUGCUGUGGGGACUCUCCAAAACUGGUUUGCACUGUGCUGACUGUGGCUACAACUGUCAUGACAAGUGCCAAGCUUACGUGCCCAGAAACUGCCAGAAGUUGAAAGCUGUCGGUGACACCGGGUUGAGUUCACCCCAUCUACAGGGCAAUGGUGGCCCCACGUCUAGUGCCAAUACAGCACCAGCUUCACACUUUGAUCACUACAAGUCCUCGACUGCAGAACACAGGACCCAUGAUGGCUAUCUAUACAAGCAAGGGCAGCUCUUCAGACAGUGGAAGCAGAGAUGGUUUGUUCUGGAUUCCAUGAAACAUCAGCUGCGUUAUUAUGAGACCCGUGAUGAUCCCAACUGUAAAGGCUCCAUAGACCUGUCUGAAGUGGAGUCUGUGACCCUGGUCAAGUCUGUGCCUGGAGCAUUGAAGAGGGCGGAUGAGAACUCUUUCAUAGAGAUUCGAACUGUGCGACGAGUGUACAAUUUUAUGGCCUCAGACUCAAAGUCAGCAAUUGACUGGGUGGACAAGCUUCAGGGCUGUAUACAGAGAGAAUAG